UGAUUGGCUGUAGCCAUGGUGAUGCGCAACUUUCUGUCAACAAAGAUAGCCGAGGCGGAAUAUGAAGAAGAAGAAAUAUUGUGCAGGAUAGAUGACAUGGAUAUACCUCAGCUGCUGCUAAACAAGGUAUGGCUAGGAAAGGCUAGUUCAUUCCAGAAGAAAAAGAAAAAGCCCCAGACAAAAGAACAGGGCAGAUAUAUAAUUGGACCGACCUCAGCAAAAGUAGACUGCUGCAAUAUCCUGAAAGACAUGGAUCAGAGCAAAGUUGUCCUUAUGGAGAGACCACCUGUCUAUUCAGAGUUGCCAAUCCCAUGUUUCGGUGGGGUUAAGAAGCUUGUCUGUGUGGUCCUGGUGGUGGUGGUCCUUGUGCUGGUUCUGGUUGGGGUUCUGCUGAUGGGGCUGCACAUGAGUCAAAAACACACAGAAACGAUUUUCCAGAUGUCUCUGCAAGAAGGAACCAGCUCUGGGACCCAAGGCACAGGAGUGGCAACCUUUCACCUGGAUACAGGAAUCAAUUCCUCUGCCUCUGUUGUGUAUGAUUACAGCAAGCUGUUGAUUGCUGCCCGCCCCCGCCCUGGACAUGCAUGCUACGUCACACAAAUGGAUCCGGAACAGGUUCAAAGUCUUGAAACCAUUGCAGAAAGUGUGCUCAGCAAGAUCACCUCUGAUGCUUCAAGACAGAACGACUCCAUGAAGCCUGUGACCGACCGCUCUCUGUUGGGCAUAACCAUCAAAGUCCUGUGCGGAAGCCUGCCUGUAUACUGGGCUUAAUCUCACACACACACUAAGUCUCACCCUCCUACAUAACAGUGUGAAGAGGCCGUACACUCUAGAAACUCUGUAAACCCUUUUAAAGCCUCAAACAAUCUAUGAAGAAAUUGACUUUCCCUUCAAUACUUUAUGGGGUCACAGAAUUACUUGUUCAACACAGGGACCGUCAAGCCUUUAUAUAGUAUGUUCUCCCUGUAUUUAUAGUCAUAUUUAGAGUUCAUCUUUUAGGAUAUAGAGAUAAAAGGGAUAAUACCCUCCCCUGUCAGCAGCUGAUAGAGCUCUGUCUUGAAACGAGUAGGGAAUGUCAUGUGUACCCUUCUCUACUGUAUUGUCUCCUCCACAACUCAUCCUAAAUGCUGGAGGUGGCAUCUUCAUUCUUAUCAUAGCAUGAGCUCUCAUCAGAUAUGCACAGUAACUCCUCAAAUCCAUGUUACUGAAGACACAUCUUAUUGUAUCAUUCAUCCUGCACCCUCUUUGUCCUUGUCUUUCUUAUUUAGACCACGUCUCCUUUUUCCUCAAAACAGGUCAUCUGACUGAUCCACCACUCAGAGCACUAACAUUCCUCCCUUUAUUCUUUCUUCUUCUUUGUUUGUUGUCCCACCUCACACCCUGUGUUGGUUUUCCAAAAAGUUGUAGAUUGCCUCUUAAUGCAUUUGGUAUAUUGUUAUACAUGGAAUAGUUUAAGUAUACACAUGAUUUCUUUAUAUCUGUGAUUUGUAAUGGUGUUUCAGAAAUUAAAAGUAUCAGCAUUUA